GGCUGGAGGGCGUUUUAGCAGCACGCCGAGGGUCGGGAUUGAAGGGAUCUUAUUUUGGCUCAAGAUGGCGUCGGGGAAGCCAAACCUUGGCCCGAGAUAUCCUAAGCGGGGGCCUUUAUCCCCGCCACAGCUGCGACCCAUGGCUGGACUUUCUGCGGCAGUGGACUAGAAAGACGUGGGCUGGGUGCAGGGCCUCUGAGAUCCAUUGGUGGACUGCAUGCUGACUGCCCAGGCUGGGAUGGAACCUGGGCCCACAGAUUCAUGGCUAGGCAAGCUAACCACUACCCUGCCUCCAUUCACCUGUCUCUUCUGCUGAGUGCUGGCAUUUAGCUCAUUUUGUUCUAUAGGGCCAAACCACCAUUGGCAGGCAACCUUGACCCAGAUCUUGAAGAUAAAUAAUAAGGAGGAAGGAUGGAUGGGGAAGGGGAGAGUGGGGAGGAGGGCCUCAGGGCAGCGGCGGCGGCAGCAGCAGCAGCCGCAGCUGCAGGAGCCUGGACCACUGCCACUUACCAGACAGGAGAGCUAAGCAAUGUGGUCCACAUAAUUGUUCCUGACCUCACCUGCAUUCCCCAGACUGCACCUUCCUAUUAUGGCCGUUACACAGCUGUGGCAGUAAAUGACCAACCCAAUGAUGCUUUGGCAACAGCACUUAGUGAGGUGACAGCCAAUGGUGGGCUAGUGAGACAGGAUGAGACUGGAGCACCACAUGUGAAGGACCCACUUUCAGCCUUGGCCGCUGCUGCAGAGCUUGAUCAAGUGCGGAGUGAUGUUGCUGUAGUUGAACACAUGAUGGAAGAGACCAAAUAUAGCCACCUAGCAGGAGAACUUGGAGGUCCUGAUCACCAACAGCAGCAACAGCACCAGCGGGGUGUGGCAGUGAUGACUGAGGAUCCAGACGGACUUCAUCCUGGUGUAGUGGUGAACUUGCAGAUGGAGGACAAGGUACAUUCCCUGAAUUCCUUCCCACUGGCACCCUUCCUUAAUCCGAAUGAUCCUGAUGUUACAUUCUAUAAUGAGGUGUAUCACUACUUGCGUGCUGGUGUCUUCCCAGAGGGCUCCUCAGAGGUAGACAAGAAGGUCAUCAGAAAACGUUCGACUAAUUACAUGAUCACUGAAGAAGGAAGGUUGUCAUAUGGACAUAAGAUUCCCAAGGAAGUGAUAACGAGUGUUGAGGAGCAACACCGCAUCAUUGAAACAGAGCAUGUUGAUCGAGUCUCAGGUGUACACUUUGGAGUGAAGAAAAUGUACAAUAGUAUUACCAGCAAGUUUUAUUGGCGCACAUUGUACGUUGAUAUCGGCAAUUUCUGCCGCCACUGCGAGAAGUGCACUGAGGUGGCUUACCGAGAUAGCCUGUCCCAGGAGAGCAAAGAGGAGCAGGGAGAUGACGAUACCCAGAAGGUCACCACACUACCCACAGACCGGGUCAUUAGAGUGUGGAAAAAGGUGCAAGUGAAAAUCUAUGGACCCUACAACAGGACAGUAUAUGGCAAUGAAAUGCUCAUCACCAUUGUUGACCCCUUUUCCAAGUGGGUUAUGGCCAAUCCAAGCCCUGAAGCUGGGGUUGAGAUCCAGUGUGCCAACUUUAUAUAUGAUGCCUUCUGCCAUUUUGGCUUUGCCCAGUGCCAUGUAGUGGGAAUGAGCUCCGAGAUGUUUGAACAAAUGCAGGCCUGUUACAAGGAGAAGUUUGAUCGCUCUCAGGAUGUUCUGCGAACCCUUGUGCCCUUUGACUCUGAAGAUGCCCAGAACAGCUUCCUCUUCACUUUGCAGGAGGAGUCACGAGAGUGUGCAUGGGCAGGUGAAAUGUUGGAUGAUUUCUGUGCUGAGAAUCCAAACACGUGGGACCAGGAGGUGAAUCGCUUCCUCUUCCAGUUCCGUACCAUUGCUCCAUACACAGGCGGUGUCUCUCCCUUCAACCUGAUGUUUGCCCGCAACCCAACAGGUUACGUCAGCAAAGAGGAAAAGGAAAACAUCAAUAUCUUGGAAGAGGAGAAGGCCUUGGAAGUACCAUCCAAAAGGAGGCCACUGCAAAGCUCCACACUUCAGUGCCGUCAUUGUCAUGAGACCUUUACCAGCAAGAUUAGUUUCCGCAUCCACCAGCGCAAGCACACAGAAGAGGCACGUAAAAGAGGCACAAUGGAUGGGGAGGAGCCCUUGCGGCCUAUCCUUCAGGAGAAAAAGUCUCAACCACGUAAGAUUCUCACUCGCAAGAGAAGGCGGCCAUUUGGAAGAGGUCCAGAGCGUCUCCUAACCCUUGCUUCGUGUGAUUGGUCAGACCAGCAAAAAGAGAGUGUACCAAAUGAUGAAAAUCGUCAACAGCUGACUCAAAAUACUGUGAUGGCAGUAAAGGCACUCCUCAAUGCCACCAAGGAUGAGCGAAGCAAACGUGGGAAGUACAUCAAGUACACCCCUGAGUUAAGGGAUGAGAUUGCCCAGUAUGCUUUGACUCACGGCAAUCAUGAGGCCACCAUCCACUGGUCACAUCGCUUAGGUGGCACCGUCAGUGAAAGUACCAUAAGAAACUUCAUCAAGACCUACAAGAACUUUACUAUAGAAGUGAAAGAGGAGAUAGGUAAAUUUGCAUUUCAGUAUGGAAUUGAUGAAGCCUCCAAACACUUUUCUGAGAAACUUGGCUAUGAGGUUAGAAAGGGAUUGGUGCGAAAAUUUAAAAAGAAUUACCUGAAAAAGUUUCCAGACAUUAGUGAGAUGGGAGGAGAGCUACCAGGAGGAACCUCUGGAAAACGUGGAGCUAACUUGCCAAGCACAUCAGCUCGCCCAAAACGAUUAUACUCUCUGCAGAUGAAAGAUGAAAUUGGGCGAUAUGCCAUGCAGUAUGGCAUCAAUGCAGCCGUCCAGCAUUAUACUGAAAAGCUUCAGUUCUCUGUAAAGGAAUCUACUGUGCGCAAAUUCAAGAAGCAGUACACUGACCGAGGUAACAGUGAAAACAGUGUUGUUACUGUGACCAGCAGUGCUAGUGAAAACAGUGGUGUGGUAGAUGGGGGAGGUGGUGCAGGUGCAGGUGGUGGGGGCAGUGGCACCACUGUACUGACAGAUCAUCAGGCCACUGCUCCUCAAACCAUCGACGUUCUUCAUCCAUCACUAUCUGUAUUGAACACUCCAGCUGUCUCUGGAACGGUCAAUGUUAGUACUGCAAAUAAUUUUGUAUACCAGCACCCUUAUCACCUAAACAUGGCUCCAGGACCUCAGACAAACACAGUUCUUCCCAUGAAUCAUAAUUCCAUUGCAUUCCAUCAGGGUGGUGUGAUUAACCAGGGAAUGACAGCCUCUCUGUCUUACCAACAAACAGGUGCCCCCCCUGGUCCAUCCGUUAUUAUGAACCAGAGUUUUACUCACCAAACCCCAACAGGAUUUCAGCAAGGCUAUGUGGGAGGUUUCUCUCAGGGAAGUGGUGGUGGAGGCUCAGUGGCUCAUGGAGGACAGAUAGCACCUCUUGCUAUGACCCAUGCAAGUGUUGCUGCGACCACUAUGGCCCACUCUCCUCUGCCUCUUACCAUGGCAGGAACUCCAGCCACUCAUAUAUCUCAACUGAGCCACCAUGGUGUUGCCACUCCUGCCAGUCAAGCCCAUCUUGCCCAGGCACCUACUGUACCACAUACAGUGAGUGGUGGUGGGGGUGGACAACAUCCUACACAUCACCAACUCAUCACUUCCUUCCAUCAGCCAUUGGCUGGCUCACUGAGCUUUGAGGGCACUGCACUUCCAGCCCAUGGCCAGACUAGUGUCAACAGGGAGCCACUUAGCCUCAUGAAAGAGACACAUGAACAGCCAGCUGGUGUAGCACUUGGCCAGGGUGAUGACAGUCUCCAUGGCCCUAGUGGGGAUGGUGGUGCAACACAUUCUGGCUUGCCCCACAUGGGAGGGGAGCAACCUAGCACCUCAAAUCAUCAGGACCCUAUUCUUGCCAUGGAAUAUGAAGAUGACUUCACUGAGCCCCUGACUCCCAUGAAAGAGAAAGGAAAAACUGGCCGUAUCAAGAACAAGACAAGGAUUUUGGGUAUGAGCAAGCGAGGUAACUAUGCUUCAUACAGUCCAGAGCUCCGAGCAGAGAUUGGGAAGUAUGCAACCAAACAUGGCAACUUGGCAGCCGUACAACACUUCAAGGAGCAGCUUGGGUUUGAAAUUCCAGAGAGUACAGUGCGUGGCCUGAAGGACAAGUACCUGAUUAAGCAGGCAAGAAACAAGAAAGAAGUGGUAUCCAUUGGGUUUGCACAACGCGGCCGUCCAAUGAGGCUGGGAAAGUAUGACGAAAUUGUUCAAGAUUGCAUAAGGCAACUGAUCAAAGAUGGAGAGAAGGUUUCGUCCUUCUUGGCCAUUGCCACAGCCAAGCAAGUGUUGAUGCAGUAUGAGCCUUGCCUCUUGGAGGAGCAUGGUGGUCCGGUCAGAUUGAAUCCAACGUGGGCUAAAAGCUUCCUCAAACGCAUUGGACUGCACCAGUUGGCAUAACAAGAGUCUACCUGCUAUGCACUCCAACUGAAAGGGGUUCCUUGUACAGUAUUUUUAUAUAAAUAAUUUAAGUA